AUGGGAAGAACUAGAAACCAACAAUCACCACAAUUUGAGGUCGAUCAGUUGCGAUCUCCCUUUAAAGAAAUGGGGGCGUUUCAUGCAGAUGAUGAUUACGAUUACUUGUUCAAGGUUGUUUUGAUCGGGGAUUCAGGUGUUGGGAAAACCAAUCUUUUAUCACGAUUCUCCAAGAAUGAAUUCAGCCUUGAAUCCAAAUCAACCAUCGGGGUUGAAUUCGCCACCCGUAGCAUCAACGUUGAUGACAAGAUCAUCAAAGCCCAAAUAUGGGACACCGCGGGUCAAGAAAGGUAUCGGGCCAUAACUAGCGCGUAUUAUCGAGGAGCGGUAGGUGCAUUGAUCGUAUACGACAUCACACGUAGUAUAACAUUUGAAAAUGUUCAAAGAUGGUUGAAGGAGCUUCGAGAUCACACGGAUCAAAACAUUGUGAUCAUGCUUGUGGGGAACAAAGCGGAUCUACGUCAUUUACGUGUGGUUCAAAUGGAUGAUGCAAAGGCAUUUGCAGAAAGAGAGAAUAACUUUUUCAUGGAAACAUCGGCUCUUGAAUCGUUAAAUGUCGAGAAUGCUUUCACCGAAGUGUUGACUCAGAUUUAUCAUGUGGUGAGCAAGAAAGCACUUGAUAUUGGUAAUGAUCCCAUGGUUGUACCCAAGGGACAAACGAUUAAUGUUGGAGGUAAAGAUGAUGUAUCUGCUGUUAAGAAAGCGGGGUGUUGCUCUAAUUGAUGUUUUAGGUUGAAUAAUAUAUAUAUGUUUUGUGUAGUGUUAAGGAUUUCUUGGUGAAGAAUAUGUAAAAUAUUUCAAGGUUUAAUUUAAUUUGUUUAUGCUAUAUUUUCAUA